AUGACCCCAGAACAAAAGUCUAAGAUAAGGGCUUUAGAACGGCUGAAGCAAAGAGGUAUUCUGAAAGAUGCUCAACUUCAGCAAAUCGAACAAAGAAACGAAAAGACUAGUAAAACUAAUGGUAUAGUACCGAAAGAGUCCACUUCUGGCUCAGAAGCUGUUAAUAUCAUUCCUACAGAGCCUUUCGAAGAUCAAUCAAGAACCGAAGUUCAAAAUGCAGUGGUAGAUGGGCAGUGGUCGACUAAUAAUGAGACAGAAAAAAGACCACUAGAACGAAUUAAGCCAUCAAUACACACCAAAGACUACAUAGAGUAUGACUUUUCCACAAUGAGAAACUUAAAUGGAGGGUAUAUCAAUCCAGAGGAUAGAAAUUAUUCAUUCGAUGAUGAUAAUGAUGAUCUAGGUAAUAAGAAGCAAAAGACACUUGAUGACUGGAAGCGUGAACAGCAAGAGCGUAAACAUAUUUAUGAGAAUGCCCCACCACCAGAACAUAUUUCAAAGGCCCCAAAGUGUAUCGAAUGUAAGGUCAACAUUGAAAUGGAUCCUGUGAUGGACGACGUGUUUAAACUUAGAGUUUGCAAAUCGUGCGUCAAAGAACAUCCAGAGAAGUUUUCAAUGCUUACAAAAACUGAAUGUAAGGAGGAUUAUUUUCUUACAGACCCAGAGCUUAACGACAGUGAUCUUUUCCAUAAAUUAGAGAAACCAAAUCCACAUUCUGGUACUUUUGCAAGGAUGCAGCUGUUUGUCAGAUGUGAAGUCGAGGAGUUUGCAUUCAAGAAAUGGGGCGGUGAGGAAGGUCUGGAUAAAGAGUGGCAUAGACGUGAAGAGGGCAAAUCUCAAAGACGUGAAAAGAAAUAUCAACAGGAAAUGCUUAAGAUGAGAAUGAAGACUAGAGCUCAGGAAUAUACCACUAGGCUUAAGGAGAGAAAACACGGUAAAGCUCACGUCCAUUCAUUCACUGCCCCAAUAGAUGGAGGUAUGAAUGAAGAUGGGCAUCAAGUACUGCGAAGAAGAUGUGUAGACUGUGGUAUGGAAACCGAAGAGGUUGACAUAUGA